CGCCCCCGCGUAACCCGGAUACGCACCCACGCUCCCCUCUCACCUCGCGGCCGUAGGCGAACGUGGAGGAGCGCGGGGACCCGGGCCCGCGGCGCCCGGGGAGAGCGGGGCGCGCGCCGGGCCGCGAGUGCGGGCGUCGGGCGGGACUCGGCCUUUCCUCGGCGGGCGCCAUGGGGCGCGCGGGGCGCGGGGCGCGGGCGCGGGUGUAGCGCGCGGCGGGCGGGCGGGCGGGCGCGGGGAGGCCGGCGGCGCGCGCCAUGGCGCCCAUGGGCAUCCGCCUGUCCCCGCUGGGGGUGGCCGUGUUCUGCCUGCUGGGGCUCGGCGUGCUCUACCACCUCUACUCGGGCUUCCUGGCCGGCCGCUUCGGCCUCUUCGGCCUGGGCGGCGAGCCGGCGGGCGGCGCGGCGGGGCCGGCGCCGGCGGGCGCGGCGGCCGUGGACCUGCGCGAGAUGCUGGCCGUGGCCGUGCUGGCGGCCGUGCGCGGCGGCGCCGAGGUGCGGCGCGUCCGCGAGAGCAACGUCCUGCACGAGAAGUCCAAGGGGAAGACGCGCGAGGGCGCCGAGGACAAGAUGACCAGCGGCGACGUGCUGUCCAACCGCAAGAUGUUCUACCUGCUCAAGACGGCCUUCCCCAGCGUGCAGAUAAAUACUGAGGAACAUGUGGAUGCAACUGAUCAGGAAGUUAUAUCCUGGGAUCGUAAAAUUCCUGAGGAUAUUCUGAAGGAAGUAACCACCCCUAAAGAGGUACCAGCAGAAAGUGUUACUGUCUGGAUUGACCCACUUGAUGCUACCCAGGAAUAUACAGAGGAUCUUCGACAGUAUGUUACCACUAUGGUGUGUGUUGCAGUAAAUGGUAAACCUGUGCUAGGAGUAAUCCAUAAGCCAUUUUCUGAAUAUACAGCAUGGGCGAUGGUCGACGGUGGCUCCAAUGUGAAGGCCCGCGCUGCCUACAACGAGAAGACCCCCAGGAUCGUUGUGUCUCGCUCGCAUUCGGGAAUGGUUAAGCAGGUUGCCCUGCAGACCUUCGGGAACCAGACUACCAUCAUUCCGGCUGGCGGUGCUGGUUAUAAAGUCCUCGCACUCUUGGAUGUGCCUGACAAGAGUCAAGAAAAAGCUGACCUAUAUAUCCAUGUGACAUAUAUAAAAAAGUGGGAUAUUUGUGCUGGCAAUGCCAUAUUAAAAGCCCUUGGGGGACAUAUGACGACCCUGAGUGGUGAGGAGAUCAGUUACACUGGCUCUGACGGCAUUGAGGGGGGGCUCCUCGCCAGCAUCAGGAUGAACCACCAGGCCCUGGUCAGGAAGCUCCCGGACCUGGAGAAGACGGGCCAUAAGUGACCGGAGCCAUUGCGGGUUGCAGCGUGCCCAGAGCUCGGUAGUCAGCUCGGAAUGUUGGCGGGACACGGGUGGCGUCCACGGCGUGGAAACUGCAUGGUUACGCCGUUCCCAACGGUUUCAAGUGUUUGUGAAGCGUCAGAGACUUAUUUUCCCUGGAGUCAAGACGCCAGAUCAGGGGAAGUGGGUUGCUUCAUGCCUCAAGUAUUGUCUUUAUUUUUGAGACUAUUUUCAUACAGUUGUCAUACACAAGGCACACACACUUCCAUACUUGUGAACUGAAAUCUCUAGCUGAGUCUCAUUGUUAGGAGUCACUGUUUUCACAUACAUCAUGAUCUUCACUCUCAGUACUUUGGUAUGGAAUCGGGCUGAAGAAAGAAUUGAUUUGUGUGCGUGUUUAAUACUGCUUUACAGUUCCAUCUCCUUCGUGAAAAUAAAGUAAUCGGGGGUUUGUAUCCCUGGUUCAGAUGGGAAGCACAAGAAGCCACAGAUUCAUUUAAUCUUCAACAAAUGAUCUCUGUUUGUCUGUUACUGAAUAUUUCUUAGAGUAAAGUAGAAAAAUCUUACGUUGUUUUUUUCUUUGGAAUUUUAAUAACAGGUUCACCAGCUAGUAGAUAAUUUAGAUACAUAGUGGUAGCACUGUAAUUGUAAUUUCGGUGUGUGCGCUUUAUUUUGUUUAUAAAGGAAAGUGUUUCGUACCCAUGAGUUCAUUUCCUCCAUCUUGCUGUUGGUUUUCCUGCUCUAGGGACAGUGCAUGGUUCGUACUUUCCCUCUUGACCAACGUUUAGUCUUUACUCGUUACAGUUUGGACUAAGGAUUCAGGGUUAGCACUAGGAUUUUGGUACAUUUUCUUAGGGAUAGAAUAAGCUAUAAGGCAAUAUAGGAAAAUUAAUGAUUCUACUGUUGAAAGUUACUUGACAUUACAUGUAUUGAGCUAGACUUUAUUAAAUAAAAAACCUUUUGAUUUCAUACUUAAAAAAAUUUACCAGGUUUGUACAUAGAGAUACCUUCAUUAUCAAGAAUGAGUUAUGGUUGAUUUUACCAUUAAUAAAUGGAUAUGAUCUAACCAAACUCUUAAGUAGUGACUUUGGAGAUGCUUUAUAAAUUCCCUUCAUAUUCAAAUAGUGAAGGUUAAAGUUGCUUUCUAAUGAAAUUGUUUUCUAUUCAGUACAUCUGGUUGGAAAAAAGAUGGUAGCAGUCUCACUGUUUCACCGUAAUUACAACCUUGCUUUAUGAACUAUACCUUUCCUUGGGUUGUCUGACUUUGCACAGUGAUAUCUGGAAACUUCAUGUAAAAAUUACCAUUAUUUCAUGUGACAUUGAUGUUUUUGUAUCUUAUUAACAUACUGUUAAGGAGAGAAGUUUCUCAUGAUUUCUUCAACAAUUUUUUUAACCCUAAAACAACUUUUGGUUCAUUUUUACUUUUACUAUUUUGUAGGUAUAAUUGACCAAAGAAUGGAUGUUUCCAACCUGUUGGAAUGUGAAAAAAAAUUACUAUAGAUUUGCAUUCUAUUAAGUUAAUUGACUUCAUUAAGGAAUUGACUCUAGUAUGACAUAUGGAUUUCCACCCCAAUUGCAAAUGGGCCCUAAUCUGAUAGGGUAAUUGGGCUUCAGAAAGUAGUCUUUGGUUUAGUGAGAAUUCAUUCAAGAUUACUUGGUGCACUUGGUAUUUCAAUAGACCUUAGAAUUUUUAAUAGAAUGGUAGCGACGUCCUCUGCAACGAAAUAAGAUUUACUUCUCGUAGGGAAAAAAAUGGUGCAAAGGCUUAUGCUGUUUUCAGAACCCUGUGUUACAAGCAUUACAAGCAUUUGUUUCACUAUAAUGUAUCAAACUUAGGAAAAAAAUUAAUUGGUAUUGUUUUUGUUAUUGAAACUUUCUGAUUUAAUAGAAAUGAAUCAUAUUAGCAAGCAUUAAUGCUUUGUUUUUAUUUUCAUCCGCAUGUGGAAAAUAAUCCUGUGAAGGAUUUGUUUUGUGCAAAGGUUAAGAUACUUAACUGACAUUUAAACUGACAGUUAAAUGCAUUAUUUUUAUAAUUGUUGGGUAUGGUCUAGUUGGUAAUGAAUUUGUGUGUGUGUGUGUGAGUGUGAGUGUGAGUGAGGGGGUGGUGCAGGGGAGAGAUUUGGAACUCAUGCGUGCACAGUUUAAGGCCCGUACCAUUGAGCAACAUCCCUAACUUCUAAGUAUUUCUAUAGAAAGUUCACUUAAUAUUUUUUGUUUCUAGAAGUCAAUAUACAUUACAGAACUAAUAUCAGUGCAAAGAUCAGUCUAUUCACAUGAGAGAUAACAUAUAGUUAUCUCCAGAACAUACAGUAAGAUACUGAGACAUGUCUUAUUAUCUCCCAGAAUUACAUAAUAAAAUUAUUUCUAAAGUGUAACAGAAUUAUAGCGUUUACUCUUGGUGGCCCUCUGUCUCUGCAGUUCCCACUCUCCUCUUGUCCUCGUCUUUGCUCUUACCGAAAGAGUAAUAGUCCUCCAGAUUGAUUUUUAUGCAUCGUAUCGAAUCAAAGCAUUGACAGUAGUAUGUAGUACCCAUAGCUAUUCUUUUCCUUGCUCCUCUUGACUACUAAGUUUUGUAUACCCAGUUAUUUUUCCCCCUUCCUCCCUGCUUCUCUUAAACAGAAUACUCUUCUGAACACUUAGCCCUGAAUUCAUUCUUAGACUUUCAGAUUUAACUGCUGAAAUCUUACAAUAGAACUGAUAACCUCAUAGAAAGUUCCCAGUGGAUGAGGUCAAUUUUGGCAGAAUCCUAGUUUGCCAUUUUGUUUUUAAACAUCUUCAAAAGGUGAAGGAAAAUCACUUAGAAAACUACACUAUCAACUCAAAACAAAACAUUUAGUCUGAGCCAUGCAGAAAAUGUAAGAGAAUUAGGUACUACACUACUGGGGAAAAAAUGCUUUCUGUAUUAUUUUUCAGAGCCAUUAUCCCUGUUUCAGCUGAGACUGCAGGGCCCUUCACAUGGGCCAUACAGGUCCUUAGUCUGCAGCUAUGCCCUUCCCAACUUUUGUGUGUUUUUCCCUGUUUAAAAUCAAUAAUCAACCAAAAACUGGUUUAUGGCUACACGAUGAAGUGAAAAAGACAUUUGGGGCUUUGUGUUUUAAGUUAGAGUCGGUGCAUUUUUCUUGUUUUCUGGAUGUGCUGUUUGAAAAUUGCCCGGAUUGGAUUGGAGGAAAUGGUGGUGGUGGGGAUGCCAAGCUUCUAAGGAGAACCCUGGGAAGGAGCAUCCGGGGAGGGCAGCGGAGGAAGCGCAAAGCAGACAGCCGCCCUCACCGCUGCCGCCAGCAAUGGGACCCUGUGUCAGAGACUGAGUUCCCAAGUCGGAUUCCCUUGGGCUGCGAAGGUAAGAACCACGGCCACCUGCUCAGGCAAGGAAGCGAAGUGACUGGCGUGCGUCUCCUCGGUAACGUCUUGCCCGGGGGAGAGACUUCAGUAGGUUCAAAGGCCCUGUGGCCUAUGCCAGCUGUAACUAUUUACUGUUGGUGUGUGGUAACUGGUCCAGGAUAGAUACGAUGUUUUGUUUAUCUUAGAUUAAGACGUUCGAUUAUUUUCAGUAUUUGCCUACAACAAAGUUUGUCACGCAGUUGUUGUAUAAAAUACACCUACUGUAUGGUUUUACUUAGAUCCUAAAACAUGUUGUGCCUUAAUCACAGGGCAUUGUGUGUCAAUAAGGGAAAACAAAAAUCAUUUUUUAAUAGGGAAAAUAGAAACUUUUGCCAUGAGAAUUUAAGUUCUUUUAAUGUUUUUAAUAUUAGAGUGGGGAAAGUUCAUUAAAGUUAAAUAAAAUUGAUAAAAAAUUAUUUUUGCAUAAUCUAGCAUUUACAACUAAAGUGCAUUUUUAUAAGAACUGGCAUCCUGAUGUAUAUAGGUCUGAGAUGAUAUUUUAUCCUUUGACUUAAUUUAAAUUAAUAUAUGACCAGGGUAGAGUACAUUAAAAUUUUUACUUUUAUGUCAUUUUAGUCUUCUAUCAUAUCUGAAUCAUUUUUUUUAAAAUUCACAAUUCAUAUCAAUAAUUUAUUAAUGUUAAAAAUAUUGUGCGUUUUGUGACAUAACAAACUAGAACAGUUUCUAGGGGGCAGCAGAUUCCUAUUAGCAGUUACUAAGAGGACAAGAAAAGUGGAAUUUUUAGCUUAAAAGAGGAUUUUGGUUUUAUGCGAUGCUGGUUAUUUAAGUUGCUGAUUUUGUGAAAGCCUGACAAAUGUUGCAUCCCAGUUUACCAUUGAUAAAGUCUUACAAGAACUUUUUUUUAUUUUUUAAAGUAAAAAGGAGAUAAAUUGACUCUGUGAGAAAGUGAGAUUUAUAAGUAGUUUCCUUUGAGAUCUAUAAAUAAGUCAAACUUCCAGAAGUUCAGGAUGAUGAAUAAUAUUAAAGCAACUUGUUAUACAUUGUGUCUGUAAGGGUUUCCUAAAGUAUUUAACAAUUUGUGUAAUUGCAAAAGCAGAAAUUGUGAUGUUUGAUUUAGUAUGUUCCAUUAAAAUUCUUUGAGGUGUAUA